AUGGCUGACCGAGGAACUUCUCGCGGUGGAGGCUUUGCUUCCCGAGGUGGUGACCGUGGCAGAGGUCGCGGACGAGGCCGUGGCCGCGGUCGCGGUAAGAACGAGGAGAAGGAGUGGCAGCCCGUCACCAAGCUCGGUCGUCUCGUAAAGGCCGGCAAGAUCAACAGCAUGGAGGAGAUCUACCUGCACUCUCUGCCCAUCAAGGAGUACCAGAUCGUCGACAACUUCCUGCCCAAGCUCAAGGAUGAGGUCAUGAAGAUCAAGCCCGUCCAGAAGCAGACCCGUGCCGGUCAGCGAACCCGAUUCAAGGCCAUCGUCAUCAUUGGUGACUCCGAGGGCCACGUCGGUCUCGGUAUCAAGACCUCCAAGGAGGUUGCCACCGCCAUCCGUGCCGCCAUCAUCAUCGCUAAGCUCAGCGUCAUCCCCGUCCGUCGUGGUUACUGGGGUACCAACCUUGGUGCCGUCCACUCUCUGCCCACCAAGGAGAGCGGAAAGUGUGGUUCCGUCACCGUCCGUCUCAUCCCCGCCCCCCGUGGUACUGGCCUCGUUGCCUCCCCCGCUGUCAAGCGAUUCCUCCAGCUCGCCGGUGUCGAGGACGCCUACACAUCCUCUGCCGGUUCCACCAAGACCCUCGAGAACACCCUCAAGGCUACUUUCGUUGCCGUCUCCAACACCUACGGUUUCCUCACCCCCAACCUCUGGAAGGAGACCAAGCUCAUCCGAAGUCCCCUGGACGAGUUCGCCGAUACUCUGCGCGAGGGCAAGCGAUACUAG